AUGUCCCAGUCGGAAAAUGAUCAGCAGACUUGGAACGUAAUAUCUUCAAAUCAUCUCGAUGCAUCCCAUCUAGAUGACUGGCUAUUUGCCGCCUUCCCAGCUGGUGGCAUUGACCCCUCCGCACUUCCCAUAUCGCACAUCAUGGAACAUCUGCAUCUACCUGGAUAUCCAUACGAUAUCCUUGCCGAUAGUUCUUGGCAAUCGUUUUACACUUCCUCGGAGAGUGGACUGACCACUAGCACCGUUCCACCGACGUCGCCUGAAUCAUUUGGGUUUGGGAAUCGUUCCUUUGAAGAUGCAGGGAGUUACUUUUCCUCUGGUCAGUACGACCCGCCAUCGACGGAUUCGCAGAGCCAGGAGGAUUUUGUAGCUCAGUUCACCAAUAAUCUAUCUGUUUCUUCACCUCUGGCGCCUAUCUCGGCACCAUCCGGCCAACCUACAGAAUUGUGCUUGGCAGCAAAUUACAACGGGAUCCAACAAAAUAAUUCUGUGUUCGUCCCGGCACUAGAGGCGUUACUGCCGCCUUUCUGUCAAAGUGAUCUGCAUACGCUGGACAUAUCACAGCCUCUUGAUGCAGAUUCGCAUGGCCCAAAACGCGGGGCUUGCCAGCGUUCCAUCUCAACUCUCUGCUCGUGCGAAGGCCUCUCCAUCCAGGAUAUCAUGAAUUUGGAGCUCCAGAAGUAUCAGGGCUCAAGCCGGGCCCGAGUAAACACAAAAGACUGCCGACUCAAAGUUUUGAGACGAUUUCCACCCGAGCGUAGGGAGCAUUUGGCAAAGAUCAUGGCGGAUCCAGAUGCAUUCUCUGAUAUACCACCUGAUCUUGUCACCUCCUCACUGCGCCCGGGUGUCAAUGGCAAGCCAGUCAGAGUAUUCAAGUGCACGUGUUGUCCAAAUGCCAAGUCCCCAUUGCCGUCACGCAUGCAAGCGGAGGACCACAUUAAGACACACCUUGGGGUUCGCCAACACAAAUGUCCUGCAUGUGGUGUCGGCAGAACCAGAAAACAAGACCUCAUCAUUCACAAAAGAACGUGUGAAUCAUAUAAAAAACUAGUAGCUUCUACACCUCCCCUCCACCAACCGUUUGGUGGGGCAAAUGCAUCUUGA